AUGAUUAGAGAAGUUGAAUUAACCUACAUUUAUACUUUAACUUAUAUGGAACAAUCAAAAUCAAUUCAAUAUAUUAUUCUUAUGUUAUGCUAAUUAAUAUAGUUAUUUAUAUUUUAAAUGACAAAUUUAAUUAAUUAGAGAGGAGAAUUACUUUAAUAAAAAGCAAAAGGUUUAAGUUUUUGGAUUAAAUUAUAAUCUAAUUCAACUGGAGAAUUAGUUAAUUGA